UGGUUUUGAUUUCACACGCCCGACAAAUCAAAACUACAGAACCCACGGGCGGCGUGUUCCGAUAAAUGCGCGCAUCGCGAUCUUUGGUCCAGCGGAGCGCAGCUGUAUCGUCCGGGUCCCAGAGUUGUCUCCUCUACAGACAUGCUGUUGCCAUGGGAACAAAUGCCAAAGAGCAAAUGCAGAAAUUGACGGAUAAAAACAGCCGCUUGGCCAGACCGCUGUCUCCCCAUAUCACCAUCUACAGAUGGUCAGUUCCAAUGAUGAUGUCAAUAACUCACAGAGGGACGGGGGUCGGUCUGAGUGCAGGUGUCGCUGUGUUUGCUGUCUCGGCGCUGGUUCUGCCAGGAGACUUUGCCUCCUAUCUCAAUCUGAUCCAGUCCCUGUCUCUCGGUCCGGCUCUUAUUUGCACUGCCAAGUUUGGGCUGGCGUUCCCCGUGGCGUUCCACUCCUUCAACGGGAUCCGCCAUCUGAUGUGGGACCUGGGGAAAGGCUUUCGCAUGCCUGAGGUGUACAGAUCGGGCUACGCAGUCAUCGCCCUGUCUGUCCUGUCAGCCAUCGCACUGGCAGCGCUGUAGAGCACAAAACAUGAAGACUCACACACACACACACACACACACACACACACACACCCCGUCAUCGCCCUGUCUGUCCUGUCAGCGAUCGCACUGGCAGCGCUGUAGAGCACGAAACAUGAAGACACGCACACACACGCACACACACACACCCCGUCAUCGCCCUGUCUGUCCUGUCAGCGAUUGCACUGGCAGCGCUGUAGAGCACGAAACAUGAAGACACACACGCACACACACACACACACACACACACACACACCGUCAUCGCCCUGUCUGUCCUGUAAGCGAUCGCACUGGCAGCGCUGUAGAGCAUGAAACAUGAAGACACACACACACGCACACAGACACACACACACACACACACACACGCGUGCGCACACACACACACACACGCACCUCUCAUCCAUCCAUCCAUCCAUCCAUCCAUCCUGUCUACUUCAGGCUCUUUGUUUUUGGUCACAUUGUCCCUGUUAAAGUUAUUUUGAGCCGACUCUUUGAAAAGUUAAAGAAGAUCACUUUUUUUUUUCUCUUCUGUGACUUGAAUGAGGUGUGUCUCUGUCUAUUUAUCCUAUCGAUCUAUUGAUCUCUCUCGCUCUCUAUCUCUCGCUCUCUAUCUCUCGCUCUCUAUCUCUCGCUCUCUAUCUCUCGCUCUCUAUCUCUCGCUCUCGCUCUCUGUCUCUGUCUCUGUCUCUCUCCCUCUCGCUCUAUCUAUCUAUAAUCAGUUUUGUUGAUUUGAGGGCUGUUAUAAAGCUGAAAUGCUCCCACCCUCACUACCUAUAAUACUGUAGCUGUGGUUUUGUCUCAUUGAUGAUGAGUUUAAAUCAUUAUUAAUGAAACCAGUUGCGGAAGAAAAAAAUAAAAAUCGAAAUCAACACUAUUUUAUUUAUUUAUUUUUUAAAUAUACACAGGAGUCGGAUCAGAAUUAGCUUGCAAAGGGACAUCGCGUGAUCCUAAACAAAACGAUUGUGCGUACGUCAUUAAACGGUUGAUCGCUUCAGACGCAUUUUGUGUUUAAUUUCAGUCCUGCGUUUUAUUUUCUUUUGUCGAGUUGAAGAAUGCCAAACCAAGUGACGUCAUUUCGAACUCCUUUAUUCAGUUCACACACGAGAACAACACACGCACACACAAAAAUACAUAUCUUUUGUUAAGAGGGACUUUGGGAUUUUUUUAACCAUGUAAAUAAGUCUCUCUGGAGAAAAAAAAAGAAA